UUUGCACUCUCUUUUGUGCCAUUUAUCAAUAGCUAAGGACUUCAUAGCUUAUGGAGGUGGCCAAGCUUGUAGUUUUGCCAGCAGUUUUGGCACUCUUUGUCCUUUGUCUGCAUUUCAUAGCUAAAACUGUCAAACUUAGAAAACAUCAAGUCUUGCAUCUUCCUCUGGGAAGUUUCGGAUGGCCUAUUGUUGGAGAAACCUUUGAGUUUUUGAGAUCAGGUCGUGAGGGAAACAUAUUUAGGUUCAUACAAGAGAGAAUGAACAAAUAUGACUCCAGGGUGUUCAAGACUUCAAUGCUUGGAGACCCUAUGGCUGUGUUUUGUGGGCCAGCUGGGAACAAGUUCUUGUUUAGCAAUGAGAACAAGAAUGUCCAAGUAUGGUGGCCAAGCUCAAUAAGGAAGCUGUUAAGGUUGUCUCUUGUUAUGAAGGUUGGUGAUGAAGCAAAGAUGACAAAAAAGUUACUCAUGGGGUUUCUUAAUCCUGAAGCACUCAGAAAUUGGCUGCCAAAAAUGGAUAGCAUUGCUCAGCGCCAUAUAAGCACACAUUGGGAAGGAAAGGAGCAGGUGCAUGUCUAUCCCAUAGUACAGCUAUACACGUUUAAAUUGGCUUGUUGCUUAUUUUUAAGCAUUGAAGACUCUAUCCUUGUGUCAAAGCUUUCCUCAAAAUUUGAUGAAUUUCUGAAAGGGAUAAUUGGAUUCCCCAUCAACUUGCCUGGAACAAGGUUUUAUAGGGCAAUGAAAGCUGCAAAUGAAAUAAGGAAAGAAAUUAAAAUGAUUCUGAAGAAAAGGAAAGUGGAUUUGGAAGAGAAGAGGGUGUUACCUACCCAAGACCUUGUAUCACAUUUGCUUGUUACACCUGACCCUAGUGGAAGGUUUCUGACCGAAACGGAGAUUAUUGAUAACAUACUAUUACUGCUUUUUGCUGGCAAUGAUACUUCUAGAUCAGCGUUAUCAUCCAUCAUGAAGUAUCUUGGGCAGUUGCCAGAAGUUUAUGAACAUGUGUUGAAAGAACAACUUGAAAUCAGCCAAGGGAAAGAGGCAGGGAAUUUGUUGGAAUGGCAGGAUGUUCAGAAAAUGAAAUACUCUUGGAAUGUUGCAUCUGAAGUCAUGAGACUAUCACCCCCAGUGAGUGGUGCUUACAGAGAAGCCAUAAAGGAUUUCACCUAUGCUGAUUAUAACAUCCCUAAAGGGUGGAAGUUGCAUUGGAAUAUUGGUUCAACACACAUGGAUCCAACACUCUUCUUGAAUCCUGAAAAUUUUGAUCCUUCAAGGUUUGAAGGAGCAGGGCCUAUACCCUAUUCAUACGUUCCAUUUGGAGGGGGACCUCGAAUAUGUUUGGGGCAAGAGUUUGCUCGGCUAGAGAUACUUGUGUUCAUGCAUAAUAUCGUGAAACGGUUCAAGUGGGAUUUAGUGAUUCCUGAUGAGAAGUUUCUAUAUGAUCCCAUGCUAGAACCAGCAAAAGGACUUCCAAUUCGACUUCAACCUCAUAAUUUCUAGCCAAAUGCAUUCUCCGUAAGCAUAGUACAUUGAUUAGAAGCUUUCUAAGUUGGCAUCUUAUAGUAAAAUGCUACAUUUGAAUUUGAGUUCUACAAAGUACUGGUUUCAUUAAAACUUGGAUUAUUUUGU